AUGCCUCCUCAAAUUAUCAAGCUUGGCGACAUUCUCGGUAUUACAAUCGCCAAGAAUGGCGCGCAGAAUUGUCUGGCAAAAACCUCAAAGGAAGACCAAUGUAGGCGCCGGUUGGCUAGAAGCAAAUGCGAUCUCGCCGACGACAUUUUACAACACAAGAUGAGCUUCUUAGAAUCAGAGCAUGAUCUCAUUCUCAAAAACAUCAAAUCACUUGUGGAUCUCCUAUUCAUUGAUAACCAUCACCCUCCCACUAUUGUUCUGCAAAAGAGUGAGCAGGAGCAAAAAUGGCUCGAUCUCUGGCGCGAAGAACAUCAAGCUCACCAAUUGCACCCUGAAGAAAAGAUGACUGGUGCGGACGGACCUGAGCAACCCCAAUCUGAAUCACUGGAAACAAUCUCAGACAAUGAAGAAAAUGAAACCACCCACAUUCCUGCCAUUAUACGAUACCCCACUCUGCCACUUGAAACCCCACCAGGGCCAGUACCCACCAAUGCUUCACUACAUACCACGGCCAUAUAUUCCCCGCUCAACCCCUUCAACCACACUACCGCGAUAAAUCCCACAGAGGAAGUCAGCCACCAAAUCAGUCCGAUCGCUGCAACCGAACCUGAUGUUCUUGAGCAUGAUGUGCAAUUAGCGACGAAAGAAGCAUCGUCUCGUGAGAGCCUAGGAAUGAGUGUAUUUUUCAGUCCCAAUCAAUUGGCUGCAAUCAACAUGAUCCUCCAAUAUGCUCUCCAGCUGUGUGCUUUCUUCCGGGUGCAAUAUGGGACCUUUCUUUCACGUGAUGGCGCGGGCAACACGCGGACAGAAUCAUUUCUUCAGUGCCAGCUCAACUUUUGUGUGAGGCUUCGGAUAUUAAGGCUUCAGGUAUCUCCAUGGGUGACAUUUCCGCUAUUCAUUGCAUUUGGUCAGGCCAUGUAUAUGUUAACUGGGUCGUGGUUAAGCAUGGUGCUGUCUCUCUUCGUGACUUUGGUAGCACAGCGCUGGUCAGACACACAAGAGAACGAGAGUUCAAUAAUCGAGCGGGAAUAA